AUGGAAGAAAAUAGCUAUCAUAGUUAUAUAAAAAUAUUUUGGAAAGACAUAAGUCAAACAGAUUGGUAUUUGACAAAUAAGAAUGUAAACCAAUCAAGUAGAAAUAUGUUGUAUGUUGUUGUAAAAUAUCUCUAUAGCUUUGGUCAGAGUGAUUUUAGAAAUGGUUUAGCUUUUCAAUCCGAAAAAGAUAGUUUUAUAAAUAAUCAAGAUAAUGAUUUCAUUGAAUUUAAAACAAAUGAGUGUAUUCCAAGGAACUAUAAAGGUGCCUUUGGAUUUGCUCAAACUCUGGGAUUAGCAUAUAAUGAUUCAAUGACUAUUCCGAAAUGCACUCCACAAGAAUACUCUAUAAUAACUAAAAUCAAAGAUCAUAAUAUUUGUGGAUUCGACCCAACCACUGCCAAAAAAUUUAAUCUGCGCAACUUUGUUACAACAAUCCUAUCCCUAGGGAGAAUAUUAUACUUUUAA